CAGGAACCGAUCACCGCAAUAUUGUUAGUCUCCGCCACACUCCCCCCUGAACAUCGGAAAACCAUGUAAACCCCCAACGGCGGGUUUCUGAGAGAUCAUCUUGAUCGAACCAUGACGAGCGCCACAGCCCCGAACCGGGGCCUGGUGGUCUUCUCGGGGGGCAGCGCGGCGAACAACCUGGUGGACGUGUUCAACGCCGUGCGGGAGAGCAAACACUGUCCGCUGAGCUACAUCAUCCCCAUCAGCGACAAUGGCGGCUCGUCGUCCGAGCUGAUCCGCAUCUUCGGGGGCCCUGGCAUUGGCGACGUUCGCAGCCGACUGGUGCGCCUCAUCCCCGAAUCGCCUCCGGAUUCCGAACGAGCGGCCAUCAAGACGCUGUUCAACCAUCGACUCUCCGCCGAUGCCAGCACCGCCCAUGGCGAAUGGCACGCGAUCGUGGACGGCACCUCCAUCCUCUGGACGGCCAUCACGCCCGCCAAACGCGAACUCAUCCGCUCGUUCUUCAACCUGCUGAACCUGGAGAUCCUCAAGCGCGCGCGUCCCCCGUCCUCCACCUUCGACUUCACCUCCGCCAGCGUCGGCAACCUCUUCCUCACCGGCGCCCGCCUCUUCAGCGGCAGCUUCGAGAGCGCCAUCUACCUCCUGGGCAGCAUCUGCGACGUGCCGUCGGACCUCGUCCGCGUCAUCCCCGCCAUCAACUCCAACUUCUCCCACCACAUCUCCGCCUCCCUCGCCAACGACACCGUCAUCGUCGGCCAGAACAGCAUCUCCCAUCCCAGCGAGGCAACCGCCCUCCAGCCCCGUCCGGGCUCGCGUCCUCCAAGCCUCCUCCUCGCCGACGGCGGCGAAUACCUCGAGGAGACACCAACCACCACCACCACCCCCACCUACGAAGACGACCAAGACCACCCCCCAGGCUCCCUCCCCACCCUCCGCAACAAAAACAUCCGCUUCAACAAGUCCCAAAACGAAGAGCUGCCCUCCCGCAUCACCCGCAUCUGGUACAUCAACCCCUACGGCCAGGAGAUCCGCCCCCCCGCCAACCCCCGCGUCAUCGAGGCCCUCCGCGCCGCCCAAGCCAUCAUCUACAGCAUCGGCUCCCUCUACACAUCCAUCAUCCCGUCUCUGAUCCUCCGGGGCGUUGGACAGGCGAUCGCUACGGGCCCCGCGAGACAUAAGAUUCUUAUUUUGAAUGGCUCGUUGGAUCGUGAGACCGGGCCGGCCUGUCAGCCUUUUACGGCGGUGGAUUUCGUAGAGGCUGUUACGAGGGCUGGAGAGGAGAGUCGUGGGAGGGGGGCGCUGGGGCUGGUUUCUUCUGGGGGUUCAACCAGUAUUUCCUCUGGGGUUGGGGUUGGUGAUGAUCUUGGCAAAAAACCGCUACCAUAUGCAUCCUACGUCACACAUAUCCUCCAUCUAGACGGACCCGGAACGCCCCGGGUCGACAGGGAGCGAUUAGCGGAGAUGGGCAUCGAGACGCUUCGACUAUACGGGCGGAAGAUUGUCGCCACGGGCUCGGAUGGCAUCGAGGUGCCCGCCGGGAUGCUGUACGAUGGCACGGCGUUGGUCCAGGCGCUGGAGGUCGUCCUCGGGAGGAAGGGGGAUGCUAUGUUGAGAGGUGGCGAGGGGAAUGGGUUGAGUCGGAGGAAUACCCUGGAUCCGGGACGGAAGAGGUGAUUGGUAUAGAUGAAUAGGGGAGCUGUCGAGGUGUGUGUUGAGGUGGUCUGGUCUAUCGGUAGACUGUAGAUGGCUAGAGGAUAGGGGAGGGGAGGCACUCUCGGCGUUAGAAAUUUUUGGAACAUGGGUGGGAAGACUGGUGUUUCUUGAUAAAUUGGGAUAGAUAUUUCUUUCUGUUUGGUGUUGAGUUCUUGAAAGGACGUAGAUGAUUGUUAUUUGUGUUUAGUGCUGUGUUUCGUUUAGUAU